UGUUGUCAUAAGAUGGUGUGGUACGGCAGUGAUGUUUGCCGUACUGGGCAGUGAUGUCAGAGUCCGGCAGCCCAGGCCAGCAUGGCUCGUCCAGGUUCUUCAUUGAGUAUGAGGAUGAUGGGGGGGGUGGGCUUGAUCACAGUGGCAUGAGGACUGACACGGCGCUGGAUGAGGAGUGGGGGCCUGCAGACUUGUCUGCAGAGCGGCAGAUUGUGGUAGGUAUCUGCUCCAUGAUGAAGAAGUCCAAGUCCAAGCCCAUGACUGAGAUCCUGCAGCGACUCUGCAAGUUCGAGUACAUCACAGUGGUCAUCUUCCCUGAGGAUGUCAUCCUGAAUGAACCUGUGGAAAACUGGCCCCUCUGUGACUGCCUCAUCUCCUUCCACUCAAAAGGGUUCCCCCUGGACAAGGCUGUGAGUUAUGCAAAACUCAGGAACCCCCUUCUAAUCAAUGACCUGAACAUGCAGUACUUUAUACAAGACAGGAGGGAGGUGUAUCGUAUUUUACAAGAGGAAGGGAUUGAUCUGCCACGCUACGCUGUUUUAAACCGGGACCCGGACUCCCCAGAAGAUAGUAACCUGGUUGAAGGUGAGGACCAUGUGGAGGUGAAUGGGGAUGUCUUCCAGAAGCCUUUUGUGGAGAAGCCAGUCUGCGCUGAGGACCACAACGUGUACAUAUACUACCCCACCUCAGCAGGCGGGGGCAGCCAGCGCCUCUUCCGAAAGAUUGGAAGCCGGAGUAGUGUCUAUUCCUCAGAGAGCAGUGUGAGAAAGACAGGCUCCUACAUCUACGAGGAGUUCAUGCCCACAGAUGGUACAGAUGUGAAGGUGUACACAGUGGGGCCAGACUAUGCCCAUGCUGAGGCCAGGAAGUCCCCAGCACUGGAUGGGAAGGUGGAGCGAGACAGUGAGGGAAAGGAAAUCCGUUACCCAGUGAUGCUCACAGCCAUGGAAAAACUGGUGGCACGAAAAGUGUGCCUUGCCUUCAAGCAAACAGUGUGUGGCUUUGACCUGCUUCGAGCGAAUGGCCACUCCUUCGUCUGUGAUGUGAAUGGGUUUAGCUUUGUGAAGAACUCCAUGAAGUACUACGAUGACUGUGCCAAAGUCCUGGGGAACAUGGUGAUGCGUGAGCUUGCCCCUCAGUUCCAGAUCCCCUGGUCCAUCCCCACCGAGGCAGAGGACAUCCCCAUUGUCCCCACCACAUCAGGGACUAUGAUGGAGCUGCGCUGUGUCAUUGCUGUAAUCCGACACGGAGACCGGACCCCCAAGCAGAAGAUGAAAAUGGAGGUUAGAAACCCCAUGUUCUUCAGAUUGUUUGAGAAGUAUGGCGGAUACAAGACAGGGAAACUCAAACUAAAGAAACCCAAGCAGCUACAGGAGGUGUUGGACAUUGCCAGGCAGCUGCUAGCAGAGGUGGGACAGCACAGUGAUUGUGAGAUUGAGGAGAAGAAGUCCAAACUAGGCCAACUGAAGACAGUUCUGGAGAUGUACGGUCAUUUCUCAGGAAUAAACAGGAAGGUCCAGCUGACCUUCCUGCCCCAUGGCCAGCCCAAAACGUGCAGUGGAGAAGAAGACUUGUGGAAGGAGGGUCCUUCCCUGCUGUUGGUGUUGAAGUGGGGUGGUGAGCUGACUCCAGCAGGCAGAGUUCAGGCUGAGGAGCUGGGCAGGGCCUUCCGCUGCAUGUACCCUGGAGGCCAAGCCGGUGGCCAUAGGUCCUUGGGCUGCGAGUCCCCUAUAGACUGUGGCGACUACGCUGGCUUCCCUGGCUGCGGCCUGCUACGACUCCACAGUACCUACCGCCAUGACCUGAAGAUCUACGCCUCAGAUGAGGGCAGGGUGCAGAUGACUGCCGCUGCUUUCGCCAAGGGCUUGCUGGCUCUGGAGGGCGAGCUGACACCCAUCCUGGUGCAGAUGGUGAAGAGCGCUAACAUGAACGGGCUGCUGGACAGCGACAGCGACUCUCUUACAGGCUGCCAGCAGCGGGUCAAAGCCCAGCUGCAUGAUAUCAUGCAGAAAGAUCAGGAAUUUGAUGAGGAGGACUUCCACAAGUUGGCUCCUUCAGGCAGCACGUCUCUAGUGAACUCUAUGAGAACAGUAGGGAAUCCUGUGAGGACAUGUGACCAGGUCUACAGCCUCAUCCAGAGUCUCACAUCACAGAUCCGCAAGAUGCUGGAGGACCCCAAAUCUGUAGAUCUGCAGCUUUACCACAGUGAGACCCUGGAGCUGAUGCUGCAGCGCUGGUCUAAGCUGGAGUGUGACUUCCGCACGAAGAGUGGACGCUAUGACAUCAGCAAGAUCCCAGACAUCUAUGACUGUGUGAAGUACGAUGUGCAGCACAACAGUUCUUUGGGGCUUGAGCACACACUGGAGCUCUUCAGGCUAUCCCGUGCACUGGCUGACAUCAUCAUCCCACAGGAGUAUGGCAUAAACAAAGAGGAGAAGCUGGAGAUUGCCUAUGCCUACUGCCUCCCAUUGGUGAAGAAAAUUCAGCUGGAUCUGCAGAGGACACAUGAGGAUGAAUCUGUCAAUAAACUCCACCCACUGUACUCCCGUGGAGUGAUGUCACCAGGACGCCAUGUGCGGACACGGUUGUAUUUUACCAGUGAGAGUCACGUUCACUCCCUGCUCAGCAUCUUCCGCUAUGGGGGUCUGCUCGAUGCGGAGAAGGACCAGCAGUGGAAAUGCGCAAUGGAUUAUCUAAGUGCUGUCUCUGAGCUCAAUUACAUGACUCAAAUUGUCAUCAUGCUGUACGAAGACAACAACAAGGACCCCUCCUCAGAGGAGCGCUUCCAUGUGGAGCUGCACUUUAGCCCAGGAGUGAGGGGCUGUAAGGAUGAGGACAAUGUGCCCAUGGGCUUCGGGUUCCGCCCUGCCUCUGCUGAGAACCAACAGAAAGGGACAGAUGUGGGGAGCCUGGAGGACCUAUCCCUGGAGGAACCUGACAAGGCUGCGCCACUUUCUGAGCUAAUUAGCAUUCAGAAGAGAUCACCCAUAGUUCGCAAUCGAAAAACUGGCUCUGCGGAGACCCUGUCUGAAACCUCCAGGGGCUCCAGCUAUCGCCUGUUUCCCUCCUGCUCCCACCAGUCUCCAGAGGUCAAGCCAAGUGGGAUAGGGUGUCCAUGUGUAGGACUCUUCAGUACUGCCAUCCUAGCGGGGUCCUACAGCGCCCCCAGCCUGCAGAACCAUGGUAGUGCACACCUUGUAAAGCUCUUCCGCAGCAGUUUGUCCUACAGAGACGGGUUUGAAGGCUGUUCUAUGGUGCCCUCUAUCUACCCCCUGGAGACACUGCACAACUCGCUGUCGCUCAAGCAGGUGGAUGAGUUUCUGACCGCUGUGUGUGAGAAUGACAGAGACUCCAGAGCCAACAGAGCUCUUUCGGCCAUAUUUGACUCUCAGAGUCUCCCCUCGGUGGACACCUUCAUCCCACAAUAUGUGCUGUCCACUUCCUCCUCUACCACCUCUGCCACCUUCCUGCAUCCUCACCCUCAUUGCCCACCCUGGUGCGGCAGUGGUCCCCCCUCACCCAGCAGCUUGCAGCUGCCCUGUCGCUUCUCCUUUGGCGAUGGCACCCCGCUGACACCCCAGAGCAGUGAGGAGAUGCUGUCAGGGCAUCAAGAGAGUGGCCAUGCCAACAGCUCCGCCUCGCUGUCCAGCAGCCUGCCUCUCACCACUAGCCCUCAGCCAAUUGCAGCUGCUCGACCUCAGAGCAAGCCCUCCAGCCCACAGGAGACUAGCAGUCAGCUAAUGGAUUCCCAUGGACUCACCCACCAGCCUGUGACACACCCACAUCAUAGCGUGGAUCUUCAGCAGGCCUCUCCUGCCACAGGUGGAGACAGCUCUGUAGCUGCUCAAAGAGGGUGGCUCUGAUUCAGGCUGUAGCACCCAGUCAUCUCAUCCCACCCCAAGGGACACUGGGGGUUUUAAGGGGGAGGGUAGUGGAUCAAGGAAGA